AUGUGUGAUUGGAUUAAUUCAAAUGGCAUUAACGGCAGCAAUGCUAACGAUUAUAUCGACAAGACUUCAAUUGUGUCACAAAUAAAGCCAUUCAGUGAUAAACUGUUGAACUCAUUGGAGACGACGUCCAAUGGGCUGACCAAUGGUUGCCCGAAGUCGUGGGAAAAAUCAUCGGUUGUGACAGAAAAGGGGGCAAAAUCUAAAGGAAUUGUGGUCUCAAUUGAAUCAAUAGAAAGUCCGACUAUCGAUGAGGUGUUAGAUAAGGUUCCCCUCGUUUACGAUCCCAUCACUAAACAACUGCUCCUUCAAAGGGGUUUCGGCAAUAAUAAUGGUCUGAAUGGCUAUAAAAAUGGUGUGAAUUUACACACAAAUGGCUUUAAGAAGUUGAAUGGCGUCUCGAAUCUCAUCCACGAAAACAGUAGCCAUGGAUCUAAUGAUAAGACCAUCGCUUGUGAACAAUACUCGACCCGUAAUUGUAGCGCUAAUAAUAGCGUCGAUAACUGUUUUGACGAUUACCUAAAAGCUUUAGACGAGAGGAACGACUACUCAGUGGUUGACUGCAAACAAAGUCCAAACAAAGAUGUGUUGUGUGAGAGGCGAACAGUAUCUCAAUUCAAUGAUAACAACGCGUUAUCACUGUUGGACUCAAACAAAGACCACUCACUGGAAGAGACAACUGAUGGCGAAUACAAUGGAAACAAUUUGCGUGAAUAUAAUGGCAAUAAUAACUCCGACGAUAACAUAUCAAAUGUGGACUCAAGUGUUUUGUCGCUCAACUUAGACGAUACGGAAUCUAAUUGUGGAUCUGUUUUCGACUCGAAACCAAAGAAAUUGUUUACUCUUUCGCUGCAAAGUUUGUUAAAUAAAGUGAAACGAAAUCAUAAUAAUAAUAAUAUUAGUAAUAAUAACUCUUCUGUAAGUAAUAACAGUGUAAAUAUCUCAUCGACAACAGCACUCAUACUGGAGACCCGUCCGCCACACCUUCCGGCCAAACCCAUCCACGAAGACAAACAACACAAACUAGAGUACGAAGAGAUGAUACGACAGUCCCGUAAGAAAGAGAUGAAGGAAAUGAAGGCCCGGAAGAAGUUGUCUGAAAAGCAGCGAAAACAAGAGCAACAAGUGAUCGAAGCGAUCAAAGUGUGGAAUUCAGACAUUCUUCCCAAUUGGCAAAAGUCCAAGAAUUGUAAGAAAACUCGUGACCAGUGGUGGUGUGGAAUCCCAUCGCAUGUCAGGCAACGGGUGUGGACUCUGGCCAUCGAUAACGAGCUCAACAUCACUGAAGACAUAUACAGACAGUGUGUGAUCGGUUCCAAAGAUAACAUAUGGGCUAAACAUAGCGUUCAUUGUCUCGAAGACGAGGACUGUUGUGGCGAAAGUGCAGCCGAUUUGAUAAAACUGGACGUUUCGCGUACUUUCCCUCAAUUAGGACUGUUUCAAGAGAGCGGUCCCUAUCAUGAAGUGCUGAGCGAACUGUUGGGCGCAUACGUGACAUACAGGCCGGACAUCGGGUACGCGCAGGGGAUGUCGUUUCUGGCGGCGAUGUUGCUGUUGAACAUGGAGUCGGAGCCGGCGUUUGUGUGUUUAGCGAAUCUACUGAAUCGUCAACUCCUGGUGUCCUUCUUUCGGGUGAACCAAACAGUUAUGAACGCCUACUAUAAGACAUACGAAGAGUUUUUUAAAGAAAAUUUGCCAAAACUUUACAAACAUUUUAACGAACAGAAACUGAGUCCCGAUUUAUAUUUAGUGGACUAUAUUUAUACACUAUUCAGUCGAUCGCUUCCAUUGGAUAUCGCGAGCAGAAUAUGGGAUCUGUUUCUCCGAGACGGCGAAGAAUUCAUAUUCAGAGCCGCUUUGGGUAUACUUUCCAUGUAUUACGAAGUGUUACUUAACUUGGAUUUCAUAUAUUUGGCCCAAUUUCUCACUAAACUUCCCGAAGAUAUUGAUUCCGACAAAUUGUUUUCCUAUAUAUCAGGCAUUCAUAUGACUACCGGCGCUGAGAAGACCCCCUUUUCCGAUGUUUUAUCGACAAAACUUUUAGAGAAUAAUAAUCUUUAG